CUAGAAACUGUACUCCCGAUAAUACGGAAUGCGUACCGACGGAGGUUCUUAUGGACGGGUUUAACGAAAACGGCACGCCCGUUGCACACACUCCCGAAGAGCCCACCUCGCCGGAUGAAUACCGAAAAGAUCUUAGUCCACCCACUGAAGCCAUCCGACUCCGGAGGAACGUAGACGGCAACGAAGUGAAUCUGCAAAUACCAAUGGAAAAGUUGGCCACGUUCCACGGGUACGUCACCACCACCGAAUUUCCCCACCAUAAUCAGAGAUAUCAGCGAAUCAGAUAUUUGGAGUACCGAGGACAGUCACCCGAGGAUGGUGGUGGUGGUAGUGGGGGUGGUUUUGAACAACCCCUAAUCAAGUACGAACAUCAUCAGCAACAGCAGCAACAAAAUAAAAUGGAUCCAAAUUCCAGUUACGUGACUUUGGAAUCGGUUACGGAUGCUUAUCAACAGCAACAGCAACGGCAACAGCAACAGCAACAGCAACAGCAGCAGCAGCAGCAACAACAACAGCAGCAGCAACAACAACAACAACAGCAGCAGCAGCAGCAGCAGCAGCAGCAACAGCAGAAUUACCAGCAACAAAACUCGUAUCAGACGUACCAAACGUACGAAACCGAACAACCAGUGGCCGACAUAUUCAACAUAUAUGGCAAAGAGAGCCACACCGGUGGUGGAGAUUACGGUGUAAAAGCUGGUCACCAGAAGGGUGGUUACGUUCAACAGACCCUGUUGCAGCAACAACAACAGCAGCAGCCUGAGUAUCAAGACGACGUCAGCGGUGGUGGUGGUGGCGGUGGAGGUGGUGGUGAAGUACAACCGGACUUCUGGGGACCGCAUGAGCAACAAGUGGCUGACUUUACAACGGCGGCAAACGAGACUUUGGCAGCGGCCAAUGCGCUGCAAAUUCAGGAAGUAGGACUAGGACCGCCGGACGGAAGCAUUCAGGUGACUCAGCAAUAUGCCAUUUUCCAGACCAGUAACCCCGGACCGUCUUGGAUMGACGAACACUACGAUCAAAACGGCAUACUGAACGUGGACAUGAAGGAAUGUGUGAAUUGCGCGGCCAACGYGACGCCCUUGUGGCGUAGGGACGGCACGGGCCACCAUCUGUGCAACGCGUGCGGCUUGUACAACAGAAUCAACGGAGUGAAUCGGCCGCCGGUCAGGUCUGCACAGAAGAAAACCACCCAGCAAACGGGGAACAAACGUUCUGGAGUGGCCUGCGCUAACUGCUCGACAAACACGACGACUCUGUGGAGACGAAAUAACAACGGAGAACCAGUGUGUAAYGCUUGUGGUCUCUAUUUCAAAUUGCACAACGUCAAUAGGCCGUUGACGAUGAAGAAAGACGGCAUACAAACGAGAAAGAGGAAACCAAAGAACCCGUCCAUCGGUGGUUUCAGCCAAAACUCGUCAUCUAAAGAGAAAGGAGAAGUAACAACAAAACUCUUACUUCCUCACUUGUUUACUAAUUCUUCGGAUAACAAACAUCAACACGGACAUCUUAGUUACGAUCCAGUUGUGAUGACAUCACAAGAACACUUCCUGCCUCACGGUUCUCAAAUUCACAUCCCUUCAUUACCCCCACCGCCAACAAACCUUAACCGCCAUGUGCCUAAUAAUGGGCAAUCAAUGGAUCAAUUGGGAUCUAGAGAAAUUCUAACCAGUGUAAUCACUUCUACCGGAAAUCAAAAUGUAAGAGAUGAUUAAUCACCAAUCAGUAUACAAUAUAUAUUUAUAAAUUUUAAACCAAUGCAAUACUUUUGUGAACAUAUAAUUUU